CUGCCGAAAUUACCCCUUGGUUUUCAAUUUAGGACAAAAAGAAAAAGAGUGAGAGGGUGGCUCCAACGGCUAGUUUUUCGGAGAAAUUCAGAUCUCUUUCCAUUUUUCAGGUUGUUUGUUCAAAAUACUACACUCUUGUUUCCAAUCUUACACUACUCUCUCCUGCUUUAUCUCUCCUCAUUCCCUUUUUCUUUUCUUACACUACUCUCCUGUUUGAUCAACAACGCCUGGCUUCGAAAUUUUAAUUUGUUGGGAUUAAUUGAUAAGCUAAAAAUAAUUAAAAUGGAAGAGAAAUUUCAGCUGUUAUCAUCAUCAAUGGAAGGAGUAGAAGUAGAAGUAGAAGUAGAAGUUGAAGAGUUUUAUGAGAAAAUUGAAGCUCCAAAGUUCGUCGAUUUCACAGUUCCGAAUCACUUCUGCCCUGAUGAUCGCUUUUGGUUCUGCUCCCGCGUUGGAUGUGAUCAAAGACACGAAGAAGAAAUGGAUUCCGAAGCAAUUUACAAGAAUUUCGUGCUUCGGGUAAUGGCUGCAAGGAGUCCCAAUGUACGAUUUCGAAGAGCUUUAUGCAGAAAACCUCCAAGUGAAAGUAAGAAAUGCCCGCUUUCGGCACCUGCAAAGCCCUCAAAAUCAAGGGUAACAAGAUUAGCAUUAGUUUCUUGUUCCAUCUCUAAGAAGCUUAUUCUUGAAGAAGAUGGAAAAGUUCAGGCUCCUCUAGCAAAGAUAAAGCCUGCAUCAACUCCUAAAGCUAGAGUGAAACAUGUUGCUGCUAAGUAUAUGACUUCUCCUAGAAAGAAAAAGGGAAGUUCUCCUAACCCUAAUGCAUUUCGAAGUGUACGCAACCCCAAGAAAACGAGAAUUUCGUUACCAAAGAGUAAGAUCAUUGCGAAGGCUUUAGUGUUCAACUCGCCUAAGAAAGCUCUAAAGAAGAAGAAGGCAGCACAGGAACUAGGUACCCCAAUGACUAAGUUGUGUGAAGGGGUGAAGAAACUUGAGAUAAAUAGCCAAAAGAAGGGCAUUAUUACUCGUAAACCAUCCAAGGAUUGCACAAGUGAAAAAAAGAAGUUACCUUUGGAUGGUUCGAGAAAGAUACUGCGUUCCUCUAAGACAAAAACGCGGGAGGCUGAUGCCAAAUUAUGCAGAAGUGUUAAGAGUAAGACCAAGAAAAAUGAUAGGAAGCUUGCUGAUGCUGUACUGCUACAAGUUGAGAAGAGUGGGGAUGAAUCUAGUGAUAUGGAAAUCGAUGAGAAGUCGAGAUGUGGUUCCAUGGAGUUGGGAUCAGUGAUAAUAAAGCCAGAAACUGGUGAUCAAAGCAGCUCCCAGGAAGACAGGACAUCAUCCUCGGAUAGGCCUAUGACAGGUGAAAGUUCAGGGACAGUAGUAUCCUUGAACACUCAGAAGACUGACAUACAGUCAGGUCCAGAUUCUGAUGCAGAAGAGAAAACUGUGGCAAUUCAAGUUCCAAAUACGGAUGAACAAAGCCAAGAGAAGGAGAACACCAUUUCAGAAGACUGCGAAAAUCAGAAUCCAGUUGUACUCAGUAAACUGGAGGACAAUGAUGACAAAGAAAAUGCUUUCAGUUCUGCUGAUAUCAGGAACCUGAAUGUCGACAACCUCAGCAAACAUGAGGCACCUUUUAAAACCAAGGCCAAAACAAAGCAAAACACUCAAAAACUGGACAAAAGUUCGAAAGAAAACUGUCCUGCAGGAACUGGUACACAGGGCUUGAAGAACAGGAAACUAAAGCCAACAAAUCCUAAGCCUUUUAGGCUGCGAACUGAUGAAAGAGGAAUUCUGAAAGAGGCAAACUUAGAGAGAAAGAUUAAUUCCCACGAAAAUUCAUCUACUACAAGUGAAAACUCACAGGGCAUGGGUAAUGGAGUAUCUGACAAUGGAGAAAAAGGAAGCAAGAAAGACGGGGGCAGGAAUUUUAAAAAGGAUCAACUUAAACCCAUCAAAAGCAGAUACGACACAGGAAAGGGAGUAGAACUGAAGUCGGACAAGAGUUCUGGAAUUACCAAAUCUCCAUUCUUACAGAAACAACUUGUUGGGUCUCAAAGAGAAAUCAGUUCUCAUGAGAAAACAACUAUGUCGAGGCCAAAAGAAUCAAGAAAACAGGAAAAGGAGGCUGUUGAUCCAACAACUAAAGCUUCUGUAAUCCCGAAAUCAGCAGGAAAGGGGAAACGGCCAGCAACUAUCCCAAGAGAGCCAAAAUUUCACAGUUUGCAUAAAACAAAAGGUUGCACUGCUCUAGUAACAAACCAUAAGGAUUUUAAGUUUUGACAUUAUCAGUGUGGAUUUUCUUUUCAAAUUUAUGGUAUAGGUUUGUGUUCAUUCAUUUCAUUAUUUUUUCUCUUUUGGUGAUUUGGUUCAAUUAUUUCAAUUGAAUACCAAGAUAUAUGAGCUUGUACUUUAGCAAGAGUGUUUCUUCUUUGUUUGAAAGGAAAGCAAGUGUUAUAAACCA